CACAGAUUAUAUCACCCCUAUAAUACGAUGUGCCUAGCCGAUUUUACGGACUACAAAACGAAGAGUUUCUGUUCGCUUCUGUCGAUUCUGCAGCAAGUGGUAAGAAGACGAUACGGAAUAUAAGGCACCGCUCUAUGCCACAUGCGGAGACAAGUUGAAGAGACUCAUCCACAGGCGACGCUUGUCUUAAUAUCUCGCAUAUAAUAUUGGGACACUGUAUCUUAAACUCUUGCGUACCUUAGGUAUGGCUAAGUCUAUAUCGUUCGACGAGUGGUUUUUGCCUACUAACGCCUUCCUCUAUUGCGCCAGUAGCCCCAAGCUAGAACCAAAAUGUACUCUGUGUCGGUUGAAGAGAUUCAACAAACCGUGGCUCGGUCGAAUUCCCCCUCCAACUUUCCCAUCGAGGAUACUAUCAACGAGUACUUGAAAGAGGAGAAAAGUCCCAAGGUCGUCGAUUAUUUGAAAGAAUUCUUCCGAGUCAACGAAUGCUGCGGCAAUGACCUCGUGUCUGCCGACUGCAAGUCGCUGUUUCACAUCGUGUCUAUGUUGGAUAAGAGUCCGUCCCAGAGUCAAGCUGCUCGUCCCCAUAAAAAGGUACUCCGCGGCCACGACGAGCUCCGGCAGCAUCUUAAAGAAACAAACGUCCAUAAUCUAAAAUUCCACGCCAUAAUUGCAGAGAGUAUUUGUCCACAUUCGAUCUGUCUCCUCGGGAUGGAGUUCGGGGUUCGGCCAAAAUACUGGGCCACGCACUUUGAGAAAUCCUAUCAUACCCGGGAGGAAGACGUGGACCCGUGGUUAGCAUCACUUCCUUCCAGGCAGGAGGAUCGGCACGACCAUUCGCUUAACAUCCAAUAUCUCGAGCCGCGACAGCUCAUCUGCGAUCCUCGACUUAGUCAAUCGACCGAUUUUAUCCAGACAGUAUCACGACCACUGACCAACUCCCAGAAGUUCGAUGUUGCGAAGGCUAGCGACCUGCGGGUCUCACAGGGGGCGAAUCGGGAUGUCCAAAUCCUACCAGCCAGGAGCAAAACAGGGACACCUGUGGCAUUUAUCCCAGGACCGCUAUCGGUGUGGAGUACCACCAUGGGAUGCAGUGAAUUCAUGGUGAUACUUAUUGACCCGCAACCGCCCGAUCUCAAGGUGAAACCCAACUUCCACCUAGACCGCGCUAGCAAUGAGAGCCACCGCAGUGAGGAAGAGUUGCGUGUCCUGACGCCGACUGAACGGGUGGCCAAUGCCCUCCUGAGUGACAGCCUGGGGAAAGACCACGCGUACCGCGGCAUCGGGAGGCUGAUCUCGAAGCAAUGGCAGCUGGUCCAGGGCUACAUGUCGUGGGAUCUACACCGCAUCCAGCUGAUGCUCAGGGACAUCCCGAACUUCGACGUAGCGGAGGGGAUGCUCAAGGACCUGUUUACGCAUCGGCAGAACUGCACAGAGUUCAUAAAGAUGCUCGACGAGACGGUGGUGGAGCUCAGGGAGCGGAAAUUUGACGAGAACAACAUGGUGGUGCGCGACCUCCGCAUGCUGCAGGAGGACCUAGGACAGCUCUCGGUCGAGAUCGAGAAGAACGUGAGCCUGCUGACAGGGCUGACGUCGAUCAGGGAGGCGCGGCAGGCACGGCACGGGUUGGAGGAGAACCACAGUGUGAAGGCGCUGACGCAGAUCGCCAUCAUCUACCUGCCCUUCUCGACCGUCGCGGCGGUGCUGUCGAUGCCCGGGAGCUACGCGCCCGGUGAGAACCUGUUCUGGGUCUACUGCGUCGCGUCGAUAGUCCUGGGGGGGAAGCCCAGGGGUUCCCCAUUCGGCGGAUUAGGUAGGCGGCUGUCCCGAGACGUCGAUGUCUACGUAUCCGGCCGCUCGUCAGAAGAUCGCUGGGGACUCUGUGUGCUUAAGUACCUACUAAGCUCACACGUCGCAAUGCCCCACACCAUUUCCGCUCUGCCUGGGUCUUCAAGUGGAAAGAAAGCGAGGUAAACCCUAUCAAUAAAUAUUCACCGUAGGUAUGUAUGUUUAUAAGGCAUGUAGUUACAAUGACGUCUGUAUAAAGAGGUGU